UCCAAGGGAAGGGAAGGGAAGGCAGACACAAAGAAAUAGCAGCAGCUGCAAAGAGAAUCCCCAGUCUGCAAAAGAAGGGGGCAGAGAGAGAGGUUGAGCACUUGGAGAAACACAUCUUGCUUGCUGAGAACUUGACGGAAGACCCUUGAUUGUGACUUCAAGAGAAGCCUCUGGAAUCGCCUUAACUCCAGAGAGUGCUCUCCACCAAACGUUGGAGGCUGUCCAGUGUUUAGGAGACUGGGAGGUUGGAACGCGAAAGAAGGAAACGCAGCAGCAGCUGCCCCAGGGGUCUAGAAAUGGAGGAGCAGGACAUAGCCGGCUCCAGAUUGUGGGACGGGAUGCCAGGGGAAGGGAAGAGAGGCCCACAGGUGGUACAUGUAGGGAGUAUUGGGACCUUGCUGAGCAAGUCUUCUCCACAGCAGAUUAAACGGGAACCAGAGGAAGGGCUGCAGCAGCACUGGGAGACCCAGUGGCAGGAGUUCCUGAAGAGUGUGCAGGCCCCCAACUUAGGAUCACAGCCUCACCCUGUCUCCGGGGAGGAGGCCAAGGAUUUCCAGGCUUCCUUCCGAGGAGUCGCCAAUGCCACUCAGUGGCCGAGAGGAGGGUGGGUGACUCAGGCUCUGCCAGGCCUCAACGGAGAAGUCCACAGGGUCUACCGAAGCUUCGACUCCUUCGUGAAGGUGAAGGAGGAGGUUGCAAACGAGGGGGCCAUCCGGCCUGAGACGCGGCGCCAGCGCUUCCGGCAGUUCUCCUACCAGGACGCCAAAGGGCCCCGGGAGGUUUGCAACAAGCUCCGGGAGCUUUGCCACCAGUGGCUGAAGCCGGAGAAGCAAACCAAGGAGCAGAUUCUGGAGCUGCUGGUGCUGGAGCAGUUCCUGGCCAUCCUGCCCUUGGAGAUGCAGAGCUGGGUCCAGGAAAGCAGGCCAGAGAGCUGCACCCAGGUGGUGGCCCUGGCGGAAGGCUUCCUGAUGGGGCAUCGAGACAGCAAGAGGUGGGGACAGCAGGUGCCAGCCCCUUUUGCGGAGGUGGGCGUGAAUUCUUCUGAAGUGGAGCAGGUUCCGUCGGAAAUUUGGAACAAGCCGCUCUGUAGAAUAGCCAAGCAGGAUCCGAGCAAGGAGGGGAACCCUCUCGUUGAUGGGCAGAUGGGAGACAAUCAUCAUCCGGAUGGCUCCGAUCGAGUGGAACCACAUGACGCGUCCAUGAGAAUCGGCUUAGUCUUCCAGCAUUGCGAGGAAGGAGCGACGGUCUUUGGUCAGCAGGCAUUGGCGAGUAAGCAGGGAAAGGAUCCGGAAAACAGAACAGGCGAAGCCAUAGCCUGUUGGGAAGGUGACUUCCACAAGAAAGAAUCCAAAGUCCAGUCUUGCGAGGAGCUAAAAUCACAUGCCGAUGGCAAUGGGAGCUUCAGAUCAAAUGGAGGCCUUCUGAAGCAUGAAGCGAUCCCCGUGGAUGGAAAGCCAUUUAAUUCUUCGGACUGUGGAGAAACCUUGCCUCAAAGCCCCAGCCUCGUCCCGCAUGAGAGGAACCAUGCGGAGGACAGGCGGUACAAGUGUUCCGAAUGCGGGAAGAGCUUCAACCAGAAACGGUACCUUGCGGGGCACAAGAGAAUCCACAAAGGAGAGACCCCGUACAAAUGCUCAGACUGCGGGAGAAGCUUCAAUCGGAAGUGGAACCUCAUUGCACACAAGAGGAUCCAUUCAGGGGAGAACCCGUACAAGUGCUCGGACUGCGGGAAGACAUUCAGCCAAAAGGGUAAUCUCAUGACCCAUGUGCGAAUCCACACGGGGGAAAAGCCCUACAAGUGCGCAGAGUGUGGGAAACGAUUCAGCCAGAGGGCAGGCCUUACGUCGCACAGGAAAAGCCAUAUAAAAAUCAACUCCGUAGGAAAAGCUACCGUGGGUUAUUUGAUAUUCUUAAACCUCAGUGAAUCUGGACAAGAGGGAAGCCCUGUAGACGCUUAGGACAGUGGAGGGAACUCCACGAAGAGCUCAAAACAUUCCAUGUCUAAAAAAAAAAAUUGCAUAGGAGAAAACCUUUAAAAAUUCUGACUGUAAUAGAAGCAGGGUGUGGUGAUGUACGAUUAAGAAGAAAUUCUGUAAAUGCCCUGACUACCUGUGGGACAGAAUUUUCACUCGUAAGUCGUCAACAGAUAAAGCAGUCUGCAGAAACUGCAGAGUAUGCGGCAAAAGUGUUUCUGGCCUGUAGGGAAAGGGCUGUAGCUCAGUGGUAGAGCAUCUGGUGUUGCAUGCAGAAGGACCAAGGUUUGAUCCUCAGCAUCUCCAGGUAGGGCUGGGGAAGACCUAGAGAGCCACUGCCAGUCAGUGUAGACAAUGCUGAGCUAGAUGGAUCAAUUGUCUGACUUAGGAUAAGUCAGCUUCCUAUGUUCCUAUGUUACCAUUCUAGACUGACAGGAGGGGUAGACUGCAUGAUUCAAAACAUCCCCAUAUAAAAAGAAGAGGGGGGGGAAGCUCCCUGCAAGCAGAAACCUAAUUGUCAGGGAGAAGUUCCAUCUGUAGAGUGAAUUCAUAAUUCAAAAUGUUCUCAUGUUAAAAAUGAGCAAUCAGACAAGCCAGUAGGCUCUUCUUAUAUCCUUAAAAACAAAACCCUCCCUGUAUAUAGAAACCUCAGUGUCAGGGGGAAAAAUCUGUAUUUGACUUCUUGAUAUGCUAGUGUUCUAUGUGCAGGGAGUGGGAGAUAAUUUUUUAACAUUAUUUUUUACUAGCAGCUUCAUAGCCAGUGUUUUUGGGAGCGAUAAGAAACCAAAAAAAAAAAACCCAGUGCAGUUUUGAAAUUGGUGGUUAAAGCCAGUGCCGUGUUGAAAGGUUCAGUCCACCAUCUUGAUUUGAAAUGGCAUCCAAUUUUAUCCAAAGAUAGAUGAAAACCUGCGCCUUGAUCCCAGGAACCAACAUGUAAAAUUUGCUUACGAUAUCUUAAAGAGGUGUUCAAAUGCCAAUUUCUAAAAGGUAUAGUAGAUAAGUUGCUUCAUAAUCUAUAGAUUCCCUAGGUGUUAGGAUUUAACAUAGCAUAAGGAUUCAAAUAUAUUAACUUCCCCCAUAGUCACCGGCUGAUGUGACAAAGUUCAGGAGGAAUUUUACUGCGUAAUCCACUGUUUAUGUAGACUGGCUUUUAAGUACAAUCCUAUACAUGUCUACAAAAUGGGACUUAACACCAGGUAAAUUGGUAUAUAUGACUGCAGCCUUAGUUAACUAAGGAAUUGGUAGAACUGCAUUUGCUAAAGAUCUUUUUUAAAGCCAUAUAGCCCUUUUUGGCGGGCGAGGGGGGAUUACCGUGGCAUUUUUCAUCCUGGUGUGUCUUCACACAACCACAAGUGCACGGUGGCUAUCAGAUUAGCACGCAUAGAGGUGAGUCUCGCAAGUGCUGUGUUUCCUAUGUACAGGAACGAAAUUUACCCCAUGUUUUGAGCUGGUUGAAAUGCGAGUUUCCCUGAGAAAUGUAUAAACCGUCUUGCUCAAAUCCGACUAAUCUACACCUAGCAUUUUGGCUCCAACAGUGGUCAGCCAGAUCCGUCGGAAAGCUUACAAGCAAGUCGUGAAGGUGGCCCAUCCCCCCUGACCUGGUAUUCAGAAAGGAGGUACGCUGCCUUUGAAUGCGAAGGUUCCACAUUGUGUUAUCAUGGAGUAGGAAAGCCAGCAAUUGGCUGACCGGCUUGGCAUCUCGGUUCAGUUCCGUGGAGAAACCAGGAAGCUCCCUCCUACCAAGUCAGAACAUUGGUCUGUCUGGCUCGGUGCAUCGCCUGCAGUGAUUGGCAGCGGCUCCCCAGGGUUUCAGGGAGGAGUCUCUCCCAGACCUACCUAGAGAUGCCGCUGAGGAUUGAACCCGGGACCUUCUGCAUGCCGAAAGAGGUCCCUGGCGGAGUUGCAGCAGCACAGAGUCAACUCCGAGCUGGAUGCAAAUGAUUAAAGAUUGUUGGAACUGACAGAAGAGUUAAUGCUGCUACUUAAAAUGAAAAAAAGAAAAGAGAUUUUCUUCUUCUUUCCAGCCAAAGGCACUUGUCACUGUCAGUCAAUCAGGGGACCGGAGGCAGGUGGUCACUCCACUCAUGGAAUGGUUGAGGUCCCUGUAGGUCAUGGGUGUGGGAACGUUUUUGGGAGGUCCGUGGGCCAUAUCUUUUUCUCCCCCCCACUCUACCGACCAACUUUGGCAGGGCUCUCUGUCAAUAAUCUGUCACCAUUAUGACAUCUAAUACGUUGGCGGUCCCAUCCACCUGUCAAAGUUGACUUCUGGGGUGGGGGAGAGGGGCCUGCUCCGCCAGCACAUUCCCCACAGGGAACGGCACUGGCGAAGCUGCACUGAGGAGGACAACCCCCUCCCCCAACCAUCAGCUGAUAUCAACCAAUGGUGUCAGCUGAUGUACGGGUGAACAUGAUUAUCAGGAAAUGGCCCCAUGGGCCAAGAUUGACUCUUGGGCUGGAGGCUCCCCACCUGUACCAUAGGUAGUUGUGAGUUUCGGGGUGCCAAAACAGAUAUCCUCGAACGCCUCAUUGUCGACACAAUAGGUUUCAUCUGGGUUCUCCACCGGCAGUUGGACAGAGAGCUAUCACUGAACUACAGCCCUUCCCUGAUGGAAGUUUCUUGUAGAGCUGGGCAAGGAGAACCUGAGCCACCUUUCAGCAGUAGCAGUGGAGGAAUCUGUGACCCUCCAGAUGGUGUUGGACUCUAACUCCCAUCAGGGCCCAAUGGUCAGAGAUGAUGGGAGUUGGAGGGCACAGGUUCCUCAUGGCGUGGGCUACAGCCUCUCUGUGCAAAUUGGUUCCCGGAAUGCUGUCACACUGGAGCAUGGCCAAGGAACGGAACUCGGGAAGAGGCGAAUCAAAUUAAGAGGCAGGCUUGAUUCUCACAACUGUGAGGGAGGGUCACUUCUCGGAAGUAGGCACGUCUGGCUCUGCCAGUUCCCAACAUUCUGUCAUGCUGGAGCGUGACCAAGAAAUAGAACGUGGGGGGGGGGAGGCUAGGGAAAUUAAGAGGCAAGUUUGAUUCUUAGUGGUUUGGAGGUCAUCAAGGGUGCAGAGCCAGUUAAACUCUCUUUGCCCCCCUUGUGGGAUUGCACCACUUUGCCCUGCAUAGAUGCCCAGUGGCUAUCUAGUCAGUCUCAUGCGGAAAAGCCAAGGGCUGCCUUUGAAAGAGUGGGGGAGGAUGCACUGUGUUUGAGGGCAAAAUCUUCCUUUCUCCCAUAAUUAUGGCAUGGCCUGCUGGGUGUUGGCCCCUCCCCUGAUCUCAGCAUGGUUAAAGGUCAUCAGGCAUCAUUUGUUAAACCAGCAAAAUACCCUAAUUCUAAACAGAGGGGACAGCAGCAGCAAAAGGGAUGUCAUUAUCGUGAAUGAGAUCGUGGGUAUGUGACUGCAUAUACACCAUACAUUUAAAGCACAGGACUUCCCCCAACAAAUCCUGGGAACUGUAAUUUGUUAAAGGUGCUAGGAAUUUGGGGGUGGUGGUAAACUACAGUUCCCAAGAUUCCUUGGGAGAAUCCAUGUGCUUUAUAAUGUUUAUGCAACCUGUGUGUGCGUGUUGGUGUGUUUGCACCUGCCUGCCCCCUGUAGUCUCUACCAAAGGUCAAGCCUUAGGUAGUGGUGGAGAACCUUUUUCAGCCUGAGGGCCAUGUUCCCUUCUGGGGGCCACAUGCCAGCAGGGUAUACAGCCUGCAAACUAGUCAGCAUGAAUGCAGGAUGAAGGGUCAUUGUUGUAUAAUCAGCCCGUAAACAAAUCGGAACAAAUGCUCAAUAAAGGACGGACGUACAGUAGUCUUAAGACCACCUGAGCUUUGUGCAAGCAUAUCAGGAUGAAUGCUGACUAAACUGGUCAUUGGGAGAUGCCAAGAUUUGACUGGAAGAAAUGAGUAGUUGAAAAUUGCCUAAUGCCAUGUAGUUAAACAUGGUGAUCACAUGGGCAUCAUUGCAGAUCAGAACGUCUGAAAGGCACAACAAUGGGCUGGUUUAAAAGUUGACUGCCUAGUCUAUGUCCUGAGGUGCUGAUUGGGAUCAGAAAGGUCUGGAUAGGGGAUAUCUCUUAGCCAGCCAGAUGCUAAGGUUUCUGUAAGACAUUUACACAGCCAAGAGCACCCUUGGGAUCUUUAAGCCCACACACACAAUUCUCUAGGUUGCUAGUCUAAGGUAUGACUGACCUAGACUGUUUGUUUCUGUUUUGCUAUAUACAAAAUAUAUUUUUUUAAAAAAUUAAAAACAGAGCGCAGCUUCCAAGGGUUAGUGUGAAAUGGUGCUUUUUAAAAUAACCACCUUCCAGAAUUGGCUGUUUCCAGCUUGCAGUUUUAGACCAAAUAAUUACAGAACAAUCUAUGCAGACCUUAAGGCAUUUCCAUGUAAUUCAUACGCUGCAGCCUUUGCCAACCUGAUACCCUCCAGUUGUUUCGGGCUACAGCGCCCAUCAGUUGUCCAAAGUAUCUGGAGGGCAUCAGGUUGGUGAAGGCUGAUGAUGUGCUGAACAGCCAUGCAGAUUAGGUUGGACCGUUUGCUUCACCUUCCCAGUCAUCAAAAGCUCACUGUCUCCCCCCAGUUUCACAGCAUAUCCUGUUCCCUUGGCUCUGCGUUUGAAUUUUCUUACAGCCAACCUGACAUGCUGUUGCUCAUCACAGCAGCUGUUUUGAUUAUUGUCAGCGUUCUAUGGCUCAGGAUUCCCCCUCAGGUCUGGUGAGCAUUCUAUGAUCUCACAGUGGCUCCACCAAUGCUGAGUAGGGACCGGGCACACAAAAAACAGGACACUUUUAGCCAUCAUAGGGGGAAUGGGUCAGAAAGUCCAGGGAAAGAGUUUUAAAAAUUAGUAACUUUUUACUUAAUAGGGAUAGGGCAAAAAUAACAUUAUAAUGCUGAACUCUCAAAAGUGAGUUUAUGUUGCAGGAAAUUGGUUUGCUUUUAACAAUGGGACUCUGUUUUUCUUGCUCCCGUGGAUUAACACCUCUGCUCUUAGGAAAUUAAUAUUUUGACAAUCUCUGUUUUAAUUGUUUAAUUAUCCCUUUCAAAACAAUUGAUCCCAGGCUCAUGUGAAGGAAUCGACUGGCAGAGAGGAUCCAAAGCAGACCAAAGGGAGUACUUCUUCACACAACGGGAGCCUCCAUAUUCAAAGGCAGUGUAUCUCUUUAUUGGUUGAUGCUGUAGCCUAAGAGCAGGGAAUCUUUCUGCUGAAGGGUCGUGCUCCCUUUUGGGCAACCUUUCAAGGAAGUCGCAUGCCAGUGGUGGGCAGGGCCAGGGAAAAAAGGGGGGGAUUAAUGUACCUUUGUGCAGAAGGCUAGUUUCUACACACCAUCAAUACAGGCCUGUCUCUAUCCUCCAUCCACGCAAGCAAGAGAUGUUAUCAGAGUUGAAGGACAUAUUGCAGUCAGACAAAACCACUCCAGGACGGUUCAAAGUAGGACUGGGUCAGGGGAAUGUCCCGAAGGGCCCUACCCCUGCUAGAGCCGAACGAGGGAGAGUUUUCACCUGAAAGCUUUGCUUGUGAGCUUCCAGCAUUAUCUGCCUCUUCACUCUUGGGAAGAAAAUGAUGAACUAGAGCUUGACCUAACAAGGUGUGCUCUUAAAAAUGCUUUACAUACAUGAGCCCCGUCACGACCUUGGAGGUAGAUUUGAUCAAGGCUUAAUGCAAGCCAUAAAUCUCAAAAUCAGCCUCGGGUGGGGAGCUGGUGUAUCUUUUUUAUUGUUAAGUGAUACUUUUAGUAAGGAUUUUGUUUUUAUGAUAAUAAAAAAGCAGUAU